AUGGAGAAGUUCUCGCAAUUCCGUGACAGAGGCUCCGGCAUCUCCCCCUUCAUCCCGCACAGCUCGCCCUCCAGCACCCCGGCCAAGCUGCUGCACCUCACCCUCUUCGUCUUCCGCCUGCCGUUCCUCCUCUCCUACGUGGCCUUCUACUUCCUGCUGGCCCAGCACAUCCCCUUCCUGCCCCAGGCCCUCAACAAGCUGCUGGUCUGGGCCCUCCUCGCCAUCCCCCAGAUCUGGUGGGGCGACCUCCAGCUCGACGGCGUCAAGCGCGGCUCCCUCUCGCAGCAGCCCCCGGGCCGCAUGCCCUCCGCCCCGCCAGCCUCCCUCAUCGCAGCCAGCUUCACCAGCCCCGUCGACGCCGUCUACCUCGCCGCCGUCUUCGACCCCAUCUUCACGAUCAGCUACCCGCGCAGCCGCAAGGUCUCCAAGGUCGGCCUCUGGGGCGCCAUCUGGCACGCCCUGAGCCCCCAACAGCUGCGCACCGGCCCUCCGUCUGCCGGCGACAACACCCCCAGUAGCGGCCUGACCACGAUCGACGCCAUCCUCGCCGAGAACCCGGGCCGCGUCGUCGCCGUCUUCCCCGAGUGCGCCACCACCAACGGCCAGGGCAUCCUCCCCUUCAGCCCGAGCCUGCUCACCGCGCCCGCGGAGGCCAAGAUCUUCCCCGUAAGCAUCCGCUACGCCUCGCCCGCCAUCACCACCCCCGUCCCGGGCGCCUGGGCCAGCUUCCUGUGGCGCCUGCUCAGCCGGCCCACCCACGUCAUGCGCAUCCGCAUCGCCGAGGCCGUCUACAACACCUCGGGCGCCGUCAACGGUGUCGGCGAGGCGUCGGGCGUGGACGUGCCGGCCCGUUCGGAGGCUAGCAGGGCCGGCGCCGGCGGCGACGAACCCACGAAGAUCACGGCCGAGGAGCGGCGUGUGCUGGACCGGGUCGCGGAGAACCUCGCGAGGCUCGGGCGGAACAAGAGGGUCGGCCUCACGAUCGAGGACAAGGCCAAGUUUGUCGAGGCCUGGAAAAGGAAAUAA